AUGUGGCAACUUCUGACGGCCCUCGCCUACUGCCAUCUCCGAAGGAUCGUCCAUCGCGACCUGAAGCCUCAGAAUCUGCUCGUCAGCGACGACGGAAUCAUCAAAAUCGCCGAUUUCGGCUUGGCAAGGUAUCAAAGUCGACAUAUCUAUAAUCAUUGUUCAUUUUAUAUAAACUCUCUUCAAUUUUUCUUAAACAUUUCCGACUUUUUUUCCUGUUUCUAUCAUUCAACAUUUAUCAAUUUAUUGUGGGGAAGAAUAACUUAUCACUGUGAAAAAAAUUCUCGAAAUUACGAUUCUUAUAGGUAAUUUUAACUUGAUUUUCCGAAUCGUGCUCAAGUUUAUCGCUAUCUUGCCUCUGUUCAUUUUUAAUUCGUAAUUUAUAGUUUUUUUGAAUAAUUUAUUUUUGGUUAUAUUAUUUAUUUUUCUGAGAUGAUAAAUUUCGAAAUUAAUCAUUUCCUACAGAAGCUUCUCGUUUCCAAGCCGCGCAUAUACUCACGAAGUUGUGACUCUUUGGUAUCGAGCUCCUGAGGUUACAAAUAAUCUAAAUUCAAUUUGGAAAAUAAAAAUGAGCUUCAGGUCCUUCUCGGCUGCAGCCGCUACUCCACAUCGCUGGACAUUUGGAGUUUAGGGUGCAUUUUUUCGGAAAUGGCCUCCGGACGGCCGCUUUUCGGCGGCGACUCGGAAAUAGCCCAGCUUUUCAAGAUUUUCCAAAUCGUCGGCACUCCCAAUAUUCAGGUGGAUAAGUAGGAAAAUGUAUAAAUUGUUAAGAAAUUUCGGAAAACCAUCAUAAACUGAUAGGAGAUUCAAAGAAGGUUUUAAUAAAAGUUGUAAAAAACUUUAGGGGCCACUAUAGAGUUUUGACGUUUUAGUGGCCACUAUAGUAGUCCAAUUAGUGGCCACUUAAGGGGUUAAAAAUUAGUGGCCCCUAUAGAAAUCGGAGUGCUACUACUAGACCAUUUAAAGCUUUGGUGGCCACUUUAGGGGUCAAUGGAUCUACAUAAAUGGCCCAAUAUGUUUGUUUUGAAAUUAUCAGAGUUACUGGAAGGAAUACUGGAUGAAAAGCUACUGAAGUGGCCACUAAAACGGAAAAUAGUGGCCACUAUAGAGGUUGGUUUAGUGGCCACUUUAGUGUCCUCUCCAAGUAGUCCUUGGCGAGCCUCUAUAGUGGCCAGUAAAAGUUUUCCCAGAACAUCAGAAAUCGUAGAGAUUUUCGGAAAAAAUAAAAUUGAUGAAGGCUUGAAUCAAAAAUUAUUCAAAUCUUAAUCAAAAAGAAGAUUUUUUCAAGCCAAUACCAUGAAGUUGCAGCUCUCUGAAAAAAAAAUUUACCGAACUUCAAGAUUUUUGAAACUUAUGAUAGUUUUGCAAGACAUGGCCGGGCGUCGAGAAGUUCUCCCACUUCAAAUGCGCCUUCCCGCAGUGGCCGUUCAGCGAGACGAAGCUGAAGGAACGGUCGACGAUGACCGAGGAUCCCCUGGACUUGUUGCAGGUUCGAACGCUUUGAUGAUCAUCUACCUGGACGUUUCAGAGUAUGGUCCGGUAUCCGCCGGAGAAGCGUCUUACCGCCAAAGGAGCCCUCUGUCAUCGGUUCUUCCUGAAGACGGGCGGCGCCAGCGCGCCUCUGAGAGUCGCAGAGUUGCUGACCAGGUUCAGCGAGCAGGAGGAGGUCCUGAAUACUUAUUUCGUUGAGGGGAAUGUGAUAAUAGAUAUUUUUUCCGUUGAUGUGGAACUCUUGUGAAGAUUUUUCUUGAAAAUGUCACGAAAAAGUUUAAAAAAUAGAAUAUUUCUGAAACUGUAGAUGAACAAGCUCAGCAGUAGGUUCUGAAUAAUGAUUUCGUAAGAAAAACAUUACUUUUUCAUAAAUAUUUUUCGUUAAUAUUCAAGGAUGUGAAAAUGAUCAUAAAAAAAGCACAAUUUUCUGAAACUGUAGAUGACCAAGUUCAGGAGGAAUUAUUGAAAAUUCAACUUUUUCAAAAUGUGUUUUGUUUUUUUUUUUUGCGUUAAUGCUGGACUCUUGACGUGAGUUUUUAUUCGUUCUCUGCCUCUCUUAACUAUCUCUUCUGGUCCUGUAUUCAAUCAUUUUCUUUCCCAGGAGUCCACCAGAAGAGGUGAACAACUCAGUGACUGUGACGACGAAAACGAGCCGGACACUCGUGACGAUGAAAAUGACGAUGUUUUCUAG